GAUUUGCUAUUUGGACACCUCGAAUAUAUGUAUCUACUAUGUACCAAAAUAUGAAAAAAAUUAUAAUAUCAAAAAUUCAUGAAAAAUCAUAUACGUUUAAGGGAAGCCGGUUAUUUACCAAGUCCUAGAAUAGAUAACAAUCUUGUGACAGGGAUGGCAAAUCUAGAGGAAUUUUACAAUCUUUGUUACUCUAGUUGUACAAAUGAAGUCUUUUCUAGCAUCCCCAAUUUAAAGAGAUUGACCAUUCACGCACCUUUUAGAGUAGGAUACAUUAUUCGAUGUCUUCUCUUGGAUAUGUCGAGCUUGACAAAACUUGAGGCAUUCAAGCUUUCCUGGAGAUAUAAUUAUGAAAAUCCCAUCAAAAGAUUUGUUUUUCCGGAAUCACUUAGAAGAUUGUCUUUAACUAGGUGUUCUAAGUUUAUUUGGGAAGAGAUAUCAUCAACUUUUAUCAUGUUGCCACAUCUUGAAGAGCUCAAACUUAAAUAUUGUCGAGCCGAAGAUGAUGUAUGGAGAUUGACUGACAAAGACAUAUUCAGAAGCUUGAAGUUGUUGUUACUGAGCGAGCUAAAUCUUAAGGGUUGGGAAGCAAGCAGCGAUAACUUCCCUAAUCUAAAACGCCUUGUUCUGAAGAAAUGCAAGGACCUGCAAGAAAUUCCAACAGAUUUCGGGGAAAUUUGUACUUUGGAAUCAAUUGAGUUACAUGAUUGCAGCACUACUUCUGAGGAAUCUGCCAGAAAUAUCGAACAAGAACAAGAGGACAUGGGAAAUAAUAUCCUUAAGGUCUACAUCCAUAACAGCGACAGUAAUUGAAGCUUAUUUUGAGGGAUCAUCUAAUGCUAUCUUCCGAAUUCAGAACCUUGUACUUCAUAUUUUUGUUUUUAUAUUCUGAUGGCUUGUUAAUUUCAUGUUUUAGGAAUAAGCAUGUUUAAUUCAUGUAUCGGCCAAUUGUGUUUUUUUAUUUAUUUUGUAAACGGUAACUAGUGAUUUAUUUUCUGAGAUAACAUGUUCUAAGUUGCUGCCAGUGGUUAUUACGGCAGCAAAGGACAGAGUGCCCAACGUCAAAUUUAAUGUUGCAAAGGUGUUGCAGUCCCUUAUCCCUGUUGUUGACCAAUCAGUGAGAACUCUCAUCUACCUUCUUUUCUUGGAUUGGUUACUUGGUUUAGUUGAAAUAACGAUUGAGCUUACUUACGUUGUUGUUUGUUGAAGAAAGUUUACACUUGCAUAUCCUCGCUAUACCUUAAUGUCGACUUUCUAGUUUAGUAGAGCUAGCUGAGGACCCUGAUGUCGAUGUCCGUUUUUAUGCAAGUCAAGCACUUCAGCCAAUUGAUGAUGUCAUGAUGUUAAGCUAGAGAUACUUA